CGUAUGAAAAGAUCUCGUAGCCUCUCCUUAUUUUUCGGAAGAUGUUUCGCAAGAGCAGAAAAACCGCUUCCACCUCUGAACUGCGAGAGUCAGCUCACACCGUCGGACGCUUCCAUCCAAAAGCACCGAUCGAAUGCGGUAAAACGCCACGUCGCUCAAGCCCCUUCCGUCCGAGGAGGUGCCACUUGUGCGCCCUCUGCACCUCAUGCCCCGACCACACCCCUAUCCAUCUCUCUCCUCUCCAAACCCCUCUCUGACCAGACAGACAACCUUUGCUCUCGCUCUCUUGCAUAAUCGCCCCCAUAGCGAUGCUAAUUGCUUUUGCUCGUAACGCUUAAUCCACACUGAUUCUCCACACAGCUAAGACCAGCCCUACUUUCCUCAUCGUUCUCCUGAUCAAAAAGGCCAUCCAAAACGAUGUCAGGUGGCGUCGGUCCCAGCAACGACAUCGGCCUCCCCAAAGACGACCAGCCACACCCCUCCCCACCGCCCGCCUCCACCGCCGCCCCCGCCGCCUCCGCCAAGAGGGCCUACCUCAGCUUCCGGCAGCUCAAAUUCCUCGCCCUCGUCGUCGUCCUCGCCGCCAGCGGCCUGGUGUACUACCAGGACCUGGCCUUCCUCGUCCUCUCCCUCGUCUACAUCCACGUCCUCUCCGUCGUCGCCUUCCCCUCCCUCGGCCCCGCCCGGGAGCCCACCGUGUUCGACACCCGGAACCGGGUUUUCCGCCUCUACGCCUCCUUCACCGCCGUCGUCGGCCUCUUCCUCCCCAUCGCCUACAUCUUCGAGGGCAUCUACGAGGGCGACAAGGAGGGCAUCGCCGCCGCCGCUCCCCACUUGUUCCUCCUCGCUAGCCAGGUGUUCAUGGAGGGCGUGGCGGUCUAUGGUGGGUUCUCGACGCCCAUCCGGGUCUUCGUGCCGGUGUCGUACAGCGCGAAGAGGAUCUUCACGCUGAUGGAGUGGUUGGAGAGCGAGUUCCGGAGGGAGGGUCACGGCGGCGGCGGGUGGGCGGCGAGGAGGGUAUACGCGGGGAGGAUUCUGGCGGCGGCGAACAUGGCGUUGUGGUGCUUCAAUCUGUUCGCCUUCUUGUUGCCGGUGUAUAUGCCCAAGGCCUUCAAGAAGUACUAUGCUGCGUAUUACAAUGUCAAGGAUGUUUAAAUUGAAUCUAUAUCGCACGAGCUCUCUGCGGUUUUUCUCAGAUCAUGGAACGUGGGUUUUGUAUAAAUAAGGAAGAAGAAACAUGCGACUGAAUCGCUCGAGCUGCCUGUGUCAUAAGAAUUCUCGUGAAUCAAGACUUCCGGUUGAGAUUUCGUCCUUGGUUCGAGCUUAUGCUAUGGUGGUGGAAUACCACGUUUCUCGUAUGUCGUACUUCCAUGAACUUUAUGUCACUGAAAAGUUCGAGCAUUUAUUGUGGGGACAUGAUAAUUGCAACUUUCUUAACCAUUACAAGACUCACUCGUCUGGUGGAAAUUCACUAUUGCGCGUGUUUCGAACUA